CAAACUGGUUCUUCCUCUUUCCGCGCCGCGUUCUCUCGAAUUCAUCCCAAGAAAUUAUUUUCCGUGUCGCGUUAACAAAACCCAGUUAUGGAAUUGCUGCUUCGAAUUGGUCUGGCUGACAAAGAAUUCCUAAUUUCAGAACCAGCUUCGGAGAAACGGUGAAUGGUUUUCUCUGUUUAUAAAGUGUUUCUUCUUCCUAAAUUUACAGAAAAAAUAUGAAUUCUCUAAGAGCUUUGAGAUGCAAUAGCAUAGGAGAAGCUUUAACUCAUCAAAACCCGAAAAAGGUAUCAUCUUUUUGUCCCCUUUACUUCUACAACCAGAGGAGAUGGUUAAAGCCUGUAGAUUCAGCGCAAACCAGGUUAGAGAAUCGAACAAGAGACAAUCGAUUAGACAAACUCAUUGCUCAGAUGAGGAAGCUAAACAUCAUCCUCGGAAUCUCGAAGCUCAUGUCUUGCAAAAAGCGUGGUCCUUUCGUGUCUUUGCAGCUAAUGUCUCGAUGGAAGAAUCUCGUUGGUUUGAAUGUAAGCAUCGGAGCUUUCGUGGGUAAGUAUCCUCAUGCCUUUGAGGUCUUUACACAUCCUUAUAGGAGAAACCUGUGUUGUAGGAUCACUGAGAAAUUGAAGGAAUUGAUUGAUGAGGAAGAGAAUGUGAUUAGAGAGUGUGAGAUGGAUGCAGUGAGAAGGGUAAAGAAGUUGUUGCUGUUGUCUAGAAACGGUGUUCUUCGUGUCCAUGCUUUGAGGUUGAUUAGAAAAGAACUUGGGUUGCCUGAGGAUUUUCGAGACUCGGUUUUGGCUAAGUAUACAUCAAAUUUCAGGUUAGUUGAUUUGGAGACUUUGGAGUUAGUUGAUGGUGAUGAUGAUGAGAGUUUGUGUGUGGCAAAAGUUGAGGAGUGGAGAGAGAUUGAAUAUAGAGAGAAAUGGUUGAGUGAGUUCGAGACGAAUUACGCGUUUCCUAUCAAUCUUCCAACAGGAUUCAAGAUUGAGAAAGGUUUCAGAGAAGAGUUGAGGAAUUGGCAAAGAGUUCCUUAUGUAAAGCCUUACGAGAGAAAGCAGAUUCCAAGAGGGUUAGAGAGGUUCGAGAAGCGAGUUGUUGCGGUUAUACACGAGCUUCUGAGCUUAACUGUUGAGAAAAUGGUCGAAGUUGAGAGAUUAGCUCAUUUUCGAAAGGAUCUUGGAAUCGAAGUCAACGUUAGGGAAGUGGUCUUGAAACAUCCCGGGAUUUUCUAUGUGUCGACGAAAGGAAGUACGCAGACUCUGUUUCUUAGAGAGGCUUAUAUCAAAGGCUGUUUGAUCGAGCCAAAUCCGAUAUACAAUGUGCGGAGGAAAAUGCUGGAUCUUGUGUUGUUGGGAAACCGUCAUUCUAGAGAGUUGUUGCAAACCGGAGAUGAAACUGAUGAAGAGAAGAGAGAUGUUGUAGUGAGCUCUCAUGAAAGUUGGGAAGGAGAGAGAGAUGGAGAUUGGGUCUUACCAAUUCUUGGGAAAUGAUUUAAACAAAGGCCAGGUUCAUCUGUCAAGAACAAGAUUGCAGAAGCAAUGGAGUUUUUGCAGAAGCAAUGAAAUUAUCAGUUGAAAAAUCAGAUUAUUGUGAUUUGGUUGAUUGAUAAGCCAUGAAAAGGCUUUAUUAUGUGAGGCGUGGUUCAAACAAGAAAGGUUGGAGAGAAGUAGAGAACAAUGAUGCAAUGUGGCAGGAGUAGCUUCAGAAGCUGUUGAAGAGAUUAGAAGAGUUUUAGUUGGACUUUGCUUUAUAAUCGACACUGUAAGUAAAGGCAGAGGAAUAAAAUUCAGAAAAUAGAAGAUGACUUGUGGAGGUAGCUUGAUUUUGAGUAUCUUGUUGUAAUCUGUUUACUGCUCUUGUCUGAUCAAUGAUUAUUCUUGUCUCAUGUCUAACACAUAUUUUGU